UCAGCCCCACACUUGCAAACACGCCGUCCACUCACACUCAGUCGCACCGGAAGUGAAAGAGAGAGAGAGAGAGAGAGAGAGAGAGAGAGAGAGUAGGAGGAGAACUCAAAUUUCAUCUGUCAUUAUGAUUGUGGAUAAGUGAAUAGAGGGAAGUCUAAACUUACAUAACCGGUUGAGUGCAAAGUACAGAGAGAAAGAGGAUAAGCAUAGCGUGACAGCAUAGAAUAUAAUUUGACACGGAAGGGUUGCAAAAAACAUUUUAGAAGAGCAGAAAAUUUACAGGAACAACACUGUUUCAACAUAAUGGAAAUCCCAGACUUGUCUUCAAUGAAACUACCUAGCCGACCAGAGCUGAUUGAUUUUGAGGGUGUUUCUAUGAUCCACUACUUCACUGACAACUGGGAAAAGGUGAAAAACUUUCAAGCAAGACCUGAUGACAUUCUAAUCGCUACUUACCCCAAAGCAGGUACCACCUGGGUGUCAUAUAUUCUAGACCUUCUGUACUUUGGUAACGGUGCUCCAGAGCGCCAGACUUCCCAGCCUAUCUAUACGAGAGUGCCAUUCCUGGAGUCAUGUUUUAAAGUGAUACCAUCAGGGACAGAACUGGCUGAUAAUCUGCCCACUUCUCCUCGCCUCAUCAAAACUCAUUUACCUGUUCAGCUUGUGCCCAAGUCCUUCUGGGAGCAAAACUCAAGGAUUGUGUAUGUAGCACGGAAUGCAAAAGACAAUGCCGUUUCCUAUUUUCAUUUUGAUCGAAUGAACAUGGGAGAACCUGAACCAGGAGACUGGAACACCUUCUUACAGACAUUUAUAGAAGGAAAGAAAGGUUUUGGUUCUUGGUUCGACCAUGUCAAUGGAUGGUGGGAGAAAAAACUGACUUAUUCUAACUUACUGUACAUGUUCUAUGAGGAUUUGGUGGAAGACACUGGACAUGAGGUGGCUCAUUUGUGCUCCUUCUUGGGUUUGUCAACCUCAGUUGAAGAGAGGGAGAAAAUAACAAAAGGGGUUCAGUUUGAUGCCAUGAAACAGAACAAGAUGACCAACUAUUCCACUAUCCCAGUCAUGGACUUCAAGAUCUCACCCUUCAUGAGAAAAGGUAAAGUUGGAGACUGGAAAAGUCAUUUCACUGUGGCACAAAAUGAACAGUUUGAUGAGGUCUACAAACAGAAGAUGAAGAACACCACUGUCAAGUUCCGCACUGAGAUUUGAUUUAGUUUGUUUGUUUUUUUAUAGAAUUUUUAGUUCUGGGAAUUUUUGAGUUCUGGGUCUUGCACCAGAAUUAACACUGAAUAAAAAAAAUCAAUCUGAAUAUUAAUAUUUUAUAUUAAAAUAUAUUCCAGUUAUACGUU